UUUUCCUUAGAUAGAAGGAAGUGUUUAAGAGAGAAAUGGCAAGGUGGUAUAUCAUGUGUGUACUUGCUCUAGCAGUUGUACAUUCUAGUUCAGCUGCUAAAAAUUUGCCGAAUGAGAGUGGUCUGAAUGACCAGAAGAACUUCGUUGCCUUUGGAGGUGUUGGCGGCUUGGCUGGUGCUGGUGGGAACGGUGCUUUUGGUGGCAUUGGAGGUGGAGUUGGUGCAAUUGGAGGUGUCACCAGCGGACUUGGUGGUGCAGCUGGGUUAGGAGGUCUUGGCGGUGGAAUUGGAGGCAUUGGUGGGGGUGUCGGUGGAGACGAUGGAGGAGGCUCCAUCGGGGGCCUUGGUGGUGGAAGUGGUGACUGUGCAGACGGUGGUGCUGGUGGUUUACUUCACCCUUGAUUUUAUUUCAUAGGCUUUCGGUUUAGUUCUUGUUUUAUUUUAUGUCAGGCAGCUGAGAUAAUUCUGUCUAUGUGGGAGGUUGACUAAUAAGCUGUUGCGUUGGGAUUAGUUUUGUGGUGUUUUAAAUAAGAAUUAAGUUGUUAUUAGACUGUAUGUUUCCUUUAUGUAAUCAUAAUGUCAGAAAUUUGAUCUCUCUUAAUAAAG